UUUUUUUUAAUAGCAAUUUUAAAUUUCAGAUGGUUAGCGCCAAUAUUUCAUCAGUUUUGUAUAUUAGUGUUGUUUGAAUUGCUUAUUAGUUUCGAAAACUUACCUCGUUAAUAAUUACUAUUAAAAUGACCUCAUCACCAAGAUUCAAGCAUUUGGACAGUCGGCCAAAACGAUCUCCUGUAGAAAUUAAAGAGAAAAUGAGGAAGAAUUACAAGAAUAAAAUUCAAAACUGCCGUGUUAUGUUGAUGGAUAAACUGAGAGGGUCUCUACUAGAGGAAGAUUUAUGCACUGCAUUAACUAAUAUAUACAAAUCUAUGUUUAAUUUCUCUGAUGAAAUAAUCAGUGAUGAAGAAUAUGAGCUUAUGGAGGAAUUGAAAAAUGAACUUGUGCAAGAAGAGUUGGAGUGGUGCAUCAAAGAAUAUGAAAAAAGCCAACAAGAAAAUGUUGAUUGGUCUUUAGUUGAAGAAGAUAAUAAUGUCAUAUGUCCUGUGUGCCAGAAAACAAAUCUUCAGCUUCAAAGUAAUCACCUGACUUGUUCCAACUGUAAGAGUGACAUAAAGACUAAACUUUCACUUUCCGAUAUUAAAAAAUCUCUUUUAUGUUCUUUGGAAGCUCAUAAUGCUUCAUGUAACAGUGAUGUGCAAUUUGGGGUAGUUUCAGAAGAAAAUGAAAGUCAUAUUUACCUCAUUUGUGAAAAUUGUUCUGAAAUGAAGUUAAUAAUAUAAAGAAAGGACAAGUAGCAAAUUGGUUAGCUCACACAUGAACAAUAUUGAAGUAGUGAGAAUUCACAUGUGCUUAGUUCUUACUGAUUCCUGUCCUGUUAUCUAUUGUUGUUUUGUUAAAAGUCAAGUUAAAAUAUCUUAAUUGUUUAUCAGUUACUUGCAUACUUUUUAGUAAGCCUAGAUGUAACAUUUUUCAUUUGUAGCCAGCAUUUUAAAUGUGAUUAUUUUGUAUUUCAAUAAAUUAUAUUAUUAUUUUAUUAAAUAAAGUAGUUUUAAGUCUGUGAUAUAAAAAUAAGUUUAAGUGUAUUGGUUCUAAAGUAAAUGCUGAUUCUUUGUCUAAUACUUCUUGGGUAUGCGGAUGCCACAUACUGCAUGUUGUUAAUAAAACAAAUGUCAAUCUUUUUCAAAAAUAAAUUAUUACUUAUUUGACCAUUGUUUUAAUAUUCCAGGAUAAGAAAAAAACUCUUGGUUACAAAAUAAAAAAUGACAUUUUAAUCAAUUCAUGAAGCAUGGUAACAAGGUAUAUUGUAAAUUAUUAUUUUUGUCAUAUCGGGGUUAGAACAACUUUUACAUGUGAUUAAUUCCUACCAAAAGAUAAGACUAAACGGUAACUUGUAUAAAAUGUACAUUUAAUUAUAAUAUGUAGUAUAAAACAGUACCAUUUAUUCCGAUAUUAUAUGGGCAUCUUUUGUAGUUGAAUUCAUUCUUAGCAUAAAAUGGUCAACUAUAGGAAUUUACUCUAGGCCUGAAAAUAAAAGCUUUUCAGUCAAUUCUAUACUUGUAAUAGUCAACAACUCUUGUGUAAUGUAUUUUAAGGCAUAUAGUAUAAUCUGUACAAUCAGUAAAUAUCACUAAUACGACGCAGCACUUGAUCCAUAGUUUAGACAUGCUUGUGUAAUUAUACCCUUUAAUAUUUUACUCUCAAAUAACAAUCAUCUUUCUUAUAACUUCAACACAAUAUCUUCAUUACGAUAUAAUAUAGUUAAACAUUAUUAUUGCAUUCCAAUUCUCAUAAGCAUUUUGUAGGAAGUUCGUUUUGAUUACCAUAAACUACUAUAAAAACGGAAAUAAUAUUGUACAGAUUAUAUAAAAGUAAACAAUGACACUCUGGGUAUCAACAACUCAAACUGAAAGUUACCAAAAAAUGUAAAGAAGAGACACAAAUAUCAGAAAUUAAAUAAAAUGAAAUUAUAGCAAUCCACUAAAAUUAUAUCUAACCUAUGUAUUAAUUCAUUUUCUAUAUUAAUUAACUAAUGUUAGUUUUGGCGGGCCUCGCAUGGGUUCUAAAAAAAUUAACUAUAGCAGUUUACAUAUGAAACAAUUCCUUUUAAAUUCAAAUGAAUAACAAUUCUGUAUAAGAAUAAAAUAAAAAUAAAUCAGUGAAUGGACAGUUCAAACAAUAACAAUAAUGCUGCGAAAUUUGAUGUACUUACAUAAUUUGUUCAAACUAACCUUGAAUGAAAUUAAUUGAAAAACACAGGAUCAUAUUUUAUUCUGAAACAACGUUUGAUAACAAUUUUACAACCUUCAAAGGGCGUACAUUAAAACUCGUGCGGGUCUUUAUGUACUAAAGAAGUAGUUUCAGGAUUUAAGAAAAACACAGAAAAUAUAAAUUGUAUUGAGUAAUACUAUUGCUACUCAUAGCGAAAGUAAACAUCCACCCACCUGCACUCGCGAAAAGUUUUAAUAUAUGCCCUAAAAAUUGACUCAUAUAAGUAUGAUUUCAUUUCAGAAUAUCUAUAUAACCAAGUUAAUUGAGGUAAACCCGCUUUAUUAAAUUAAUACAGACCAGUAGUUAAAUUAACACAACACUUAACUAUUUUAAUUUUUCAAUUAUUACUAAAGGUACUUUCUAUAUAGGUAAACCUUGAACGUCCAUGAGGUCUUCAUGUUGAGCAUGCGAGUGAGUGUGGGCAGCUGAAGCAGGAGGCAUAGUGAAGUGGUGGUGUUGAGGUCUCGGGCGCCGCGGUGAACGAGCAGUUACAACACGCGGUUUGUGGAUCUCGUCCAUUACAGAAGGCGCCACAUAGGUAAAGCCCUGAUGAAGUAUUAUAUCAGUUACAUUUUGAUCUUUACAUGUUAUGUCAACU